AUGGGUGGAGCUGGCUGGUUGUUCUUGUUCGCGGUCCUCAUGGCUGCCGGAUUGCUGUUCUGCAUGGUGUUCUUCAUUAUAAUGUUCUCUGAUCUGGAAUGCGACUAUAUCAACCCUAUAGACCUGUGCAACAAACUAAACCAAUUCGUCCUUCCUGAAAACAUUGCACACGCGUUUCUCACUCUGCUGUUCUUGCUGUCUGGUCAAUGGGUCGCUUUCAUACUCAACCUUCCCCUCGUCCUGUUCAAUGCCAACAAGAUUCGAAACAAGGCGCACAUGUACGACGCGACAGAGAUUUUCCGAUCAUUACCAGGCCAUAAGCAAGAGACGUUCAUCAAGCUUGGAUUUUACCUUCUGUCAUUCUUCUACUACCUGUAUAGAAUGAUUGUUGCUUUGAUAGCGGAGAGCGAGUAG